UCUUUUUUUCUUUCCCCUUCCCCCCCCCCCAUCCCUUGUUCCUGUUGCUGAGGGGAGGCUGAGGCCUUUGGGCAGGCAGGGGCCGAUCAGCCCCCCUACAACCCCCACUGCAGAUGAGCCAUUGACAGAGUCACGGAUGACACGUCUGCACGCGAGAGCCAACCCUUUCACCCUCCUGCCUGAGGAUGAGCAAGCUGUGGGGCUUGCAGAACGGUGACCUGGAGCAGAGUCUUCCCGCCAUUGCAUCCUCUCUUUCCCACAGCCCGGGCUUCUCCCCGCACCACUUCUUCUCUCCCGAGCGGAGGCGAGCCAUUUCUGACGUGCGCCGGACCUUCUGCCUCUUUGUGACCUUCGAUCUUCUCUUCGUCUCGCUCCUCUGGAUAAUUGAACUGAACGCCACCAAAAGCAUCCAGGAGAGUCUGAAGUAUGAAAUCAUCGAGUACAGCUUUAAAACGUCCUUUUUUGACAUAUUUCUCUUGGCUUUCUUCCGAUUUUUGGUGCUGCUCCUGGGAUAUGCUGUCCUCAGGCUCCGCCACUGGUGGGUCAUUGCGAUCACUACAUUGGUGUCCAGUGCCUUCCUGAUUGUGAAAGUUACCCUUUCGGAUCUGCUGAACAAAGGGGCUUUUGGCUAUCUCCUGCCCAUCGUUUCCUUUGUCCUUGUCUGGCUGGAAACAUGGUUUCUGGAUUUUAAAGUCUUGCCCCAAGAGGCUGAGGAAGAGCAAUGGUACCUGGCAGCUCAAGCCGCUGUGGCCCGAGGACCCCGCCUUUAUUCAGGGGCGCUUUCAGAUGGCCAGUUCUACUCCCCUCCAGAAUCCGUUGCAGGAUCAGAUGACUCAGAUGAUGAACUUUUGGGAAAGAGGACAUUAACUGACCAGGAAAGAGAAUACAUCCAACAAGGCAAAGCAGCAAUGGAGGUGGUCGACCAGAUCUUGGCCCAAGAGGAGAACUGGACAUUUGAGAGAUGCAGUGAGUUUGGCGACACAGUUCACUCUCUGGAAAUGCCAUUCUACGGCAAGGUGUUCAUCCUGAAGGCAAUUCUACAGUGUCCUGCCGAGAUAGUUUACCAGGAGAUGAUUCUUCAGCCGGAGAAGAUGGUCCUGUGGAAUAAAACCUUGUUAGCAUGCCAGAUCUUGCAACGGAUUGAUGACAACACAACUGUAUCCUAUGAUGUGGCAGCUGGUGCUGCUGCUGGCGUUGUGUCACCCAGGGACUUCAUAAAUGUGCGUCGGAUUGAGAGAAGGAGAGACCGGUACAUUUCAUCAGGGAUGGCGACAGUUCACAGCGCACGUCCCCCUACUUCCAAAUAUGUCAGAGCGGAAAACGGUCCGGGUGGUUUUGUUGCCCUGAAAUGUCCCACUAAUCCGAACCUCUGUACCUUGUUCUGGAUACUCAAUACAGACCUCAAGGGCCGGCUUCCCCGCUACCUCAUCAACCAAAGCUUGAGCGCCACCAUGACGGAAUUUGUUUUCCACCUGCGCAAACGUGUUGUGGAGGUCAUGGCGAGGUCUUAGGUUCUUGGAACUCCUUGCUCUGAUGUUGCCUUUUGAGUGUGCUCAAACCCAACGAGGUCCAAAGAACUGGAGUAUCUUUCUCCUUCUCCUUCUUCUUCUUCUUCUUCUUCUUCUUCUCUCUUCCUGCCAGAGAACAAAGACAAUAUCUCACAGCUGACGUUCUGGAUCAGGCUGAAGAGCCUUUCUCUGUGUCUUCAGGUUGUCAGCCAGGUAAAGGGCUGAAGGUGAUGACCAAACGGCAAGAGGGAGGUCGAGAGAAAGCAGGUGGUCCGUGCCCAAGCAAAUUGGUGAGAAGCGCCAAGGUGGUUUCUUCGAGCCUUUCACUGAUGAUCAAAGUUAACAUUGCUACUAGAACUUGAGCCAUGUAUGGAUUCCGAUGUGCCAAAUUCCUUCAUGAUCAUGCUUCCAGAAUCUGCUAAGUGCUUACCUGUAUAGCCCCCUUCCUUUCUCCCUGGUGUAAUCAUGAUUUGUAUGUCCAUAAACUUACCCAAUUGCCUUCCAUGGCGGGACAGAAGAACACCAUCAGAUAACCUGCACACACAGUCACACGGCUGAGGUGCAGCAGGUUGAGCCAGAAAGUGUCCCAGGCACUGCUACUGGUCAUCCACCUUUUGGCAUAGCUGUGACGGCGUCAGGAGGUUUUACUGCCCGAAUGUUUGGACAAAAUUUGGCUAUUGUAUGCUUGGUAAUGGCCAGAGAGAAUGAAAUCUCCUGCCCCCUGUCAAGUACCUGGUCUUCAGUGGUGCUCCAAAACUGACUCCUUGGCUUGAAAGCAUUGCUGUUCCCAGUUCCGUGUUGCUUUAUUUUCCGGUUUUCCCUUCUGCCCAUGAGUAGCAAAGACUAUAAAAUAAGCUUCUGUAGACUAAACUGACCCAGUGGUUGGUAGGUGGUUCCUUGGUUUGAUUGUGGCCUCAUCAUUCUGGAGUAGGCUUUAAAUGUUAGUAAUGGAGGCCAAGAUCUGUAAUCGGUUCUAUUGACUUGUUAAUAUAUAGAGAGGCCAGAGCCCUUAUCUGCCACUCCAGAGUGUGUGGGGGGAGGGGGGGGAGGAGCAUCCUUGGAAACUUCCUGCCUAUCAGAGCUAAGCAUUGAAAGCAGCCUGUUGUUUCAUGAAGCGUGAGCUGGGUUUGCCAUAGAAGUGAGACUAGUAUAGACCUAUCACCAGAGCAGAUGUUUAUGUUAACCUCCUUCCUUCGCUCCCCAAA